UUCUUUGGUAUACUUUAUCGAACUAUUAAAAAUGGAUAUAGAAGGCGAAAAACACGGAAUAUGCUGCAUUUGUCUGCACAGCACCAGUGAGCCGACACCGCUAAUAAACGACCAUGAAGAAAACGAGUUGCAGAAGAGUGUUACUAAUUCUACCAAUCGAGGAGUAAUAAUAGCAAAGCAUUUUUGGUUUGAGAUGAAUGACCUUUUGGGUAGCCUAAUUUGUCCUGGAUGUUGGUCUAAAAUAGAAGAUUUUCACCAAUUCUACUGUGAAAUAGAAAAAAUCCACCGGGAUGCUGCUCAACUUACCGUGAAACUAGAAGGUGACAAAUCCGAGACUCCAGUCAGAAACGAAGACAAUCAAAAACAGGAUAUUUCUGAGAAAACUGUACAUCAAACAGAAGUCAAAAGUACGGAAAUUAGUUUAAAAAAGGAGAAGAAACCGUUCAAAAAGAAAAAAAAGAAAGAACGAGUGCGGUGCAGGCCUAGAAAAACGAAGCUUGCCGAAAACGACCAGCUGAUUGCUAAAUACAUUAACUCGAUAUGUGAUCACUGCUGUGCUCACUUUCCUACAUUCAGUGAAUUGCAAACCCAUUCACUUGCAGUCCACCAGCGUCGGGCGUAUGUCUACUGCUGUGACAAAAGAUACAAUCAACGAACACGUUUAUAUGAGCACGUUCUGUUGCACGUGAACCCGGAGUGUUACCAAUGUGAUAUCUGCAAAAGAAACUGUUUGGAUAACGAAAGCCUUCGACGACAUAAGCUAAAAAUACACACUCCUGAGGAACAGCGAGAUUUUAAAUGCGAAAAAUGCCCUAAAGCUUUUGCUACCCAAGGAGACCUGGUCCUCCACACAAACUAUCAUAUUGCUAUGGAAAACAAAGAAUAUCAGUGCGAACAAUGUAAAAAAUGUUUUGGCAAUAAUUCACUACUGAAAUCACAUGUGCGAAACGCCCAUGCUUCACACUUCGAGUUCGUUUGCGAUACCUGUGCCAAAGGUUUCAAUCAACGUUCGCUUUUCGUAAAACACCUUCAAGAGCACAACCCAACGAAGGAACCGGUUGAGCGUAGUCAGUGUCCGUAUUGCGCUCAGUGGAUGAAGAAAACCUAUCUCAACAAACACAUUCAACGCCACAGCUCACCGAUUACCAGGUGUGACAUAUGCGGCAAAGAAUCACCUAACGUGUUUGCGCACCGGAGUCACGUGCGAUUCGCGCAUUCGGAAGCAAAAUUUCUGUGCACCAUUUGCGGAAAAGCCUUCCGGCGGGCUCUAAAUUUGAAGGAACAUCUGGCGUCCCACAGCGGAGCGAUGCUGUACACCUGUCCUCACUGUCCGAAAACGUUCAAUUCGAACGCAAAUAUGCACUCGCAUCGCAAGAAGAUGCACUACCAGGAGUGGUUGGCCAAUAAAGAGCGGGUUUUGAUUAAAAAAGGGUAAGAAAAAUGAACUGCGCACCACAUUUCUAUUCCCUUUUUAAACAAGUUCCUUGACGAAAAGGAUAAUAAUUUCGUAUAUGGCCGAAAAGCGUCUUCAAACUGCUGCGAAAUCGAAAUCAAGAUGCAAUAUACGUAUUGCAUGGAUCUUUUCAGAUAUGUACACUUCGAGUUACAGCGAUAUAAUCUGUACCGAAAUUCCCCAGACACCUCACUAAAUUAUAGAUUUAUAACUAAUAUCUAUUGGCGGAAAAUUGUAUUGAAUGAUUUCCUUAAGGGGGCGUGACCUAAGAGGUACUGACAACUAAAGAAAUUGUAAAGAUUAUAUUGUUUAUUUUUUCAAAUUGAAACUUAAAAUGUGUUUUGAAGAAUGGGCUUCUUCAAAAUCAAUGGACUUCUCAAAAAUUAUCGCACCAGUCCUUGUAGGGAACGUAUGAAGUUAGAAGAAUUAACGUAAAA